AUGUCGGCCAGUAUAAUUGUUCAAGCUACACCAGUAAAAGCGAAUCUCGAGGGACUCCUCGAUGAAAUACAACAAAUGGAUCUAACACCGUUAGACCAAAAAGCGACAGUAGAAGUAUUGUGCCAGCAAUACGAAGCAAGGGCAAGGAUCAUCAAAGAAAAGUUGAUGCGCCUCGAAAAAUACGUUGGCACUCUUGAGAAUAUCAACGACAAAUGGUUGGAACACAUUCAACUAGCCCCAAUGUCGCAAAAGAAAAAAGAAGAAAAAUACGAACAAAUGGCGAACGACGAUAGAGUGGAGAAAUUUGGUCGUGUUUCCACUAUAAGAAAAUUACUUUACAAUGAACUCAUAUCUACAAAACGAAACAACCGAGACUGGAAAACAAUAAUCGAAGAAAUGGAGAGAGUUCUAAAGCAGUUAGAAGCAAUUGGCGAAAACGUAGAGCAACCUACCAUCGAAACGAUAAUAGAAUCCAAAUUGCCAAACUGGAUAUUAAACCAGGUAAUGGAAUGGCAAUACUUGGAUAACGUCAGUCGUAAAAAUUUAAUUAAACGUCAUCCUAACGCAAGCAUUCCAGAAAACUCAGCAUUGAUUGCAAUAAAACAAUCAAAGCAAACAAGAGGAACGGCUUCAGCCGAAAGGAACCAGCUAAAUCAAGAGAAUCCAAAUUGGUCGACAAAUAAGAAAAGGAGACCCUGUAUCUUCUGCAAUAACAAUCACUGGGAUAGCAAGUGUCACAUAUAUUCUACAGUGGAGCAGCGAAUUGAUCGAUUGAAGGAAAUCAAUGUUUGCUCUAAUUGUUUUAAAUCUGGACACAAGAACUCAACUGCAUAA